AUGGAAAAUACGACCAAAAGUUUGUAAAUUUUGGGAAAAAAACAUUAUUUUACAUAACAAAAUUGGAAAUUUAAAAAAAUCAUUUUUAGGCCUAAAAAGGGUUGAAUAAAGCCUAAAAUGUCAUUUUUUUUAAAAAAGUAAUCAUUUUUAGUUGAAAUAUAUUAAAGAUUAUCAAUAAUUCAAAUUCAGGCUGGCAGCGAGACGAUGUACAACAUGAUUGGACCGAAUGGAGUGAUUGUGAUUGGUCUUUGACCAGAACAAGGUCUAGGAACUGCUCAAACUGUGAUUCGAAUCAAGAAAGAGUGCCUUGUAUAUCUUCGGAAUCCUUCAAUGAUGAGUUGGAGUUGCUUCAAGGUGAACAUGGUACGUUUGGGGCAGUAUAUUAUAGUAGAUUUUUUAUCUUUUUCGGUCAAAAAGUUGGUGAAAACAGCUAAUAUGGGUGUAAAAGAGUACAGAUAUCUAUUUUCUACGGACUUUUCGACCACAUCGUUUAAAAAUUAAUUUUAAAAGAUUUUUUCUACGUACUUUUUGACCGAUUUAAAAAUUUUCAGUUUUUAAAUAUUAGGUUGUUCAAAUAAUUCUGUGCUCCUUCUAAAAACCAAAUUUUCGGGGUUAGGGGCACAGAAUUAUUUGAACGAUCUAAAGAGGCUCAGAAUUAUUUGAACAACCAAAUAUAAUAUGAUCAUAGCUCAUUACUUUUUGAACAACCUUGUAUUUUGAAAUCAAAAAAUCCUUUUAGACCCAAAGCCAGUAGCCCAGACCUUCGAAGAAGCGGGGCAACACGUUCAGUCCGACAUACGACGAUCUGAGCAAGGAGAACGAAGUCUAUUUGGUGAUAAUGACUACAGUAAUCAAGAGGAAGUCAGUUAUUUUGGCCCACCAUACCAAAGUCGACAUGUUGGGACUCCGGAUGAAGAUGAUGGUAUGUUACGGUGAUUAUCUUUAAAAAAUUUUCAAAAGCGAAAGAAUUAAUGGAUCUGCUGGAUUUGAAAAUUUAAAAAAUGUUUAGUUUUGAAAAAAAACUUUUUUGAAGCUCUAAUAUUGUGAUGUUUUAGGUAUAAUCAACCCCCAACCAAACAUCUUCAAUAUUCACUCGAAUAUAAAGAAGAUACGCCCAGAAGAAGCACAUCGUCACGCUGGAUUAACCGGGAAUCUGAAUUCGAACGAACAAACUAAAAAUCAUCGUACACAAGAUGUAAAUCAUCAUAGACAAGAUGUAGCUCAACGCGGAGGACAUUUUAAUCAUCAAAAUGGUCAUGAACAACUUGUAGAUCAAGAAAACCUUCAUGAACAAAAUUCAGAUCAAGAUCAUCUUCAUCAACAACAAGUAGAUCAACAAACUCAAGAAGAAACUCCAUUCCUAGGAGACUUGAAGCCAGAAGACCUCAAGUUAAGUGGGCUACAGUCGGCAGAGCUUCAACUCUUUCAACAAGCUCAAUCCGAAGCCGAACGUGAAGCCAAUAGAGAGAUUCGUGGCUUCAAAGGUGAUGUAGAUCAUAUUCAGUUCAAUAGGGAUGAUCCUAGUCGAUUGGAUAUUGUUAAAGGGCCAUACAGUGUUGGUAGACUACCAGAUGGAGGUAUUGGUGAGAAUGGGGUACCAAGGGGUUCGGUCUUUGAUCAAAGUGCUCCAGAAGGAAGAGCUUUUGAUCAAAGGGCACCAAGAGGAUCAGCUUCUGAACAGAAAACUCCAGAAGGCAAAAAAAGUAAUAGUAUGGUAUCAAAAGUACCAAAGGGUGUACCAAAAGCCGACAUUUUUAUUCCUUCUGGUACUGAAUUCACAAACAAUGGUGCGAAACGAGGCCUGAACAUCAGAAAAUUACCGUUGAAUCCAGAAUCCGAUGGUGAAAACAGUCAUAAGUUGAGGUUAGAACCUUCAGUGAACUUACAAGACCAAAGUAGGCUUCACCGUGAGCUACAGAGCCCAGAGACAAUGUACGGUGGCUUACAGGGUCAGAAUUCACUUGAAAGUAGACUUCAAAAUCCGAAAUUGCUUCACGAUAGUCUUCAGAAUACCAGCUCUCAUCACAAAGGCCUUCAGAAUCCUUCUUCUAUUCCCACUACUCUUCAGAAUCAGAACCCUUCUCAAAACAGCCUUCAGAAUCCCAUCUCUCAUCACGAUGCCCUUCAGAAUACAGAAGAAACCCCCAGAACCCACGUCCCAACACCGUUGUUAGAAUCCGAUAUCAAAGGUUGUGAUGCCCAUCAAAAAUGUUGUCCUGUAGCAUCUGGAGCCACACUAAAAGGCUGUGUAAUCGGAUUCAGAAUCGGAGAAAAUGGCGUCAAAACCACUUGUCUUACCGAUCGGUGUACAUAA